AUGACUGACCGGCCAGACCCUUCAGUGCCCGUUACAAACUCUGUCUAUCUUGUUGAAGCAUCUGUUAUUUCUCUGAAACAGGCCUGGGAUUUGAAGGACUUCGCGCAGGAUGUCAGCUGGAUCUUGGCGACUUGUUAUCCAGAGACAAUUGAUCGCAUCUUCGUCUGCAACGUCUCCUCAUACAUCACAACAAUAUGGGGCGUACUCAAGAAAUUCGUCGACCCAGUGACUGCCGAGAAAAUCGUAUUCUUGAAGUCCAACGAUGUCUCACCCACGCUGGAGAAAUACAUUGAUCCCGAGAAUAUUCCAUCCCAACUCGGUGGCCGCUUUACAUUCACAAACGGCAUGCUCCCCGACCUUGAUACUGGCAUCCGCAAUGCCCUACACUGGACGACACCGUCAGAUGGCAGUGACACUGGCAGUUUGCCUCCGGGUCCGAUCAAAUGGGUCCAAGAUGAGGGAGGUAGACGCGAGGCUGUGGCUACUGGGAGUGUUGGUGGGCUACAAAGGACAGAGAGGGUUGCCGUUCUUGGGUCGUGA